CCUCACAUGGUGUAUCCUGAUUGGUAUAAACGCAUUCCUCCUGUGGGGUGUGGUUGUGUGCGUGGAUGUUCUAACUUGAACAAAUGUUCAUGUGCUAAAAGGAAUGGGGGUAAGUUCUCGUUCAAUAAAAAUAAGGCUAUUGUGAGUACAAAAACUCUUAUUUAUGAGUGUGGUCCUCAUUGCAAGUGUCUGCCAAGUUGUUGCAAUAGGGUUAGUCAGAGUGGUAUUCAAUUUCGGUUUGAGGUUUUCAAGACAAAGGAUAAGGGAUGGGGUGUGAGGUCCCGUGAUAUGAUACCUAAACGGAGUUUCAUCUGUGAAUAUACAGGUAUGCUCAUUAAUUUUGAAGAAGCUGAAAAGAGGGCGGAGAAUGAUGAGUAUCUAUUUGAUCUUUGGAAUUACUCUCAUGAUACCACUAAAAAUAAAAGAUCUAAGAAGAGGAAGAGUUCUUCCGCUAAUGGUUUUGACAGUCGUGGCUUCACCAUCGAUGCUGCCCGCGUCGGUAAUUUUGCUAGGUUUAUCAAUCACAGUUGCUCUCCGAAUCUUAUUGCUCAAAAGGUUCUAUAUGAUCAUAGUGACAAAAGGAUUCCCCACAUGGUUCUAUUUGCGAUGGAGAACAUUCCUCCCAUGACGGAGCUUACUUACAACUAUAAUUACAAGGUGAAUCAAGUUGAAGAUUCAGAUGGAAAUAUAAGGAAAAAGGUUUGUCUUUGUGGUGCUAUGGAGUGUCGUGGGAGGAUGUAUUGACAGAGCACUUCUACAAAAAUGGUGGUCCUGGACUUUGGAUUUCAGUAGGCAGCGCUUUAGAUGGGAACUAGGCUUUCUUAUUGUCCAAGCCAAGUCUGAUUUUGUGCUUUGGGAGUUGAUCUCUUAUGUUGUGUGUUGGUCCUUGUGGCUUGCUCGCAACGAACUAGUGUUCUAUAACAGUGUGUAUUUCUUUGAUUUUGUUUGGAACAAACAUAUUAUGCGGAUUGCAGGGUAGGUGGAGGCUUGAUGGUAAGAGUGUCCAUAAAUUAAUGACUUCUAUUAGUUCCAACCUGAUGGAUUGGGGCCUUCUGGUUUCUUCAUCUGUGUAAGAUGGAUCCUUUUCUUAUAUGCCAUGUACUGUUGCAUUGGGAUUUAGCAGAUUUUUUUUGUUAAUGGAUUUAGCUGA